AUGGAAGGAAUAAGGGUACCGGAACGAUCAAGCCCUACUCUGGAAAGCAACCCCGUCGCUUCAUUAUCUCGUUCAGGAUCGAGACAUGAGCUCUUUAAUCAUGAUGAUACAAAAAUUCUUUAUGACAUCCUUGACUACGAUGUAGCCGAUAGAAUUUUUGAGGAGCUCAAAAGUGAAAUUCAAUGGAAUGAGAUGCUACAUUGUGGUGGCAGUGUCCCUCGGCUCAUUGCAGUUCAGGGAGAAGUGGCAGAAGACGGUAGUCAACCAAUUUACCGUCACCCAACAGAUCAACAACUAUCACUUUCACCAUUCUCUCCAACAGUUGAACUUAUCCGUCAGAAAGUUGAGACUGCGAUGGGUCAUAAAGUUAACCACGUCCUUCUUCAGUAUUAUAGAGAUGGGUUGGAUUGCAUAUCAGAGCACAGCGACAAAACUCUAGACAUAUCUCCGCAAACUUUUAUCGGGAACUACAGUCUUGGUGCUCAGAGGACAAUGGUUUUUCGUACCAAAACGUCUAAUGGGUCUCGUCAUGUUUACCGAGUGCCUCUUCCUCACAACUCUCUUUGUCGAAUGGGGCCUAUCACCAACAAGUACUGGCUACACGGUAUUAGGCCAGACAAGCGGGCUUCAGGCAUAAAAUCUAUCGAGGAAAGUGCGUUCAAUGGUGGGCGGAUCUCACUAACGUUCCGAUUGAUUGGAACGUUUCUUGAUAGUUCUGGAGAAAAGAUAUGGGGACAGGGCGCUACUGCCAAAAAAAGAUCUGAUGCUCGAUUUAUUAAGUACGAAGAUACUCAGGAAGCCGAAAGGAUGAUUCAAGCAUUCAAGAGAGAAAAUUCUGACUGUAACUUUGAUUGGCAAGCGACCUAUGGGAAUGGCUUUGACUCUCUACAUAUUUUUAGAUAA